AAUGGCUGCUGCAGAGGUGAUUCGAUGGAGUACAGUUGUUGGAGAAUAUGGAGUUUUGCUAACCGAAAUGGGAUCCAUGGAAGAUCUGCAAACCCCAAUAAAGCCGUAUCCUCGUAUAAAGUACACAUGCAUGGCGGCUUCCAAGAAAUACAUAGCAAUGGGUUCUUCUACGGGGGCCAUAUAUAUAUUUGACAGGAAGACUCUGAAGCACAUCAGGUUUAUAAGUAACAAAGAUGGCCCUAUUCUUGCUGUCUGCUUCACUCAAAGCCGCAGUCUUUUGGGAGUUGCAACAAGUUCUGGUAUUGUCCUUGUCCUGCAAGUUAGUUCCAAACAUAGAGAAAAACCAAAGUUUAUCAGACGAUCAGAAGAGCAUAAGAAUACAACUGUGACUGCACUAUGCUGGGAUAAAGAUGAAUGUCGUCUUUUUGCUGGUGAUGUUAAUGGUGUUGUGAGUGUCAUUCAUAUACCAGUGGUAAGUAAGAUGCCACAUUCAGUAAACAAAGGCUUUCCUCUGCUACAUACGUCUGGUAUUGUAGCCAAGGCCCAAACUGUUAUUGUUCAGCUGGACUGUAUUAAUGAUAAACUUCUUGUGUCCACCAUGACCAAAACUGCCAUUGUUGAUCUGAAAAGUUUGGAUUGUGUGCCAGUUGGGGUCAAACUAAGGGAUGGUUUAUAUGGAAGUUGUUUCUUUAAAGAAGAGAACUCUGACAGUCCUACAGUGUUCUCAGCACGUCCUGGGUCAAGAUUGUGGGAGGCCAGCAUGGAUGGUCAAGUCAUGGCCACCCAACAGUACAAGAAACUUCUGGGUUCACCUCCAGCGCCAAUACUUGGAUUUAGUCAUGGUGAUGAUGAGCCAAUAGAUGAAGAAGAGUUUCCUCCACAGUCUGUAAAUUUUGCUAAGCUGCUGCUUGUAAGAAGUUGGUUCCUUGUCACAUGGCAUGGAUCAUCACUGUAUAUCAUGGAUCCAAUCCUUGGGCAGUUGGUGGCUUGGUACAAUAUUAACACAGUGGUCCAGGAUCUUGUGUGCAUUGGACGGGAAUUCUACGUGUAUGAUGCAGAAGAUUGUGUCAAAUGGUUUGCCCUUCUUUCUGUGAAAGAGUGCAUAUCUAGACUGCAUGAAAUGGGAGAAAUCAGACAGUGUUUAAAGGUUGUGCUUGACUGCAAGCAUUUCAUCAUUCCCGGAUCAGCAAGAGAUGUGGUUCCAGUUUCUUUGGUUACAAACCUCAAAGAGAGCUUAAGUGAAGAAGACAUGGAAAACAAGGAUCAAAUUGCUGAGCUGGAAGAACUCGAGCGUGAUAUGGAGCCUGCAACAGACGAGAAUGUCAAUUUACCAGAUUUCCAUGGUAACACCAGCCUGACUGACAGUCCUGACACACUGAGUGUGUGCAGUGAUGCAUUAACUGAAGAUCUGGAGCCCAAUGGGAGGAUGGCGGAAAUAGGACAAGAAGAUGACAACUCGCCAAACAAUAAGUGCGACGAUGAUGGGUCAGAAGUUAAAGGUGCUCUGCACAGGAAGCUUAUGAAACAGUGGAGCGGGAAUAUCUCAUUGGAGGGUAUGCUGAUAUCAGCUGCCGCCGCAGCCAAAAAGUUUACCUCAGAGCGUCAGAAAGGAAAUCUCAAACUGAGAAGAUUUCACUCCGCUGAUAGCGCAGGUGGUGUAAGAGGGGAAGAUUCUCCCGGGGCAAACAGCAGCAGUGAGUCACAAAGUGAUGCCGUUGAGUUCAAGAGUGAGACUGCCUCGGACCCUGGCGCUGGUCAACCGAAUGAACUGCCGGAUAUUCAAGAAGUCGUCCGUGAAGAGGAGAGUCCUCGACUUCAAAAGAAAAGUCUCGAGCAGAGUCCAUGUCACUCUGAUGACAGUGAAUCAAGACAGUCAGGAAAUGAAGAAGCAGUAGUGGAAGAAGAGGUCUUUGAAAAACGGGAAAGGCGAGAAAAGAAGAAGAAAAAGAAAAGAGUUGUCACAGUUGAUAUCGAUUCACCUCAACUGAAACAAGAGGUCUCGCUGGGCAGUCCCAUCCCCCACGUGCGGAGCGCAUCUUUUCGUGGUACUUAUUCUCCAACUGAGGAUGCGGAGGUAAGGAGCAGACUUUUAUCAGAGCCUGAAAAGCUAGUCACUAGCCCCGCACAAUCAGAACUUCCUCCCGCCAUCCCAGCCAUGCUGUCAAAAGCUAAAGGCUUGCUGAAAAAGAAACUGAAAGUUCCAUCAGAGGAUUCCUUUAGUUUACCCUCUCCUACCCCACCCAUGGAGGAAGAAACCAUCUGCAAAAGAGAGGAAGAAGUAGACUCGGAGGAGAUGGAAUGCCCACCGGAAGUCGAGGAACUUGUUCGGAGUUCAACGAAGACUCGGAAUGAAGUCAAGAAUCCAGUGGUGCUAUUCAGUAUCAGUAGUCUUCGUAAAGUUCUGGAAGAAUGGGUCCCUAAACUACAUGCGGCCAUGAAGAGCUGUCAUGAGUUCAACAAGAACAUUGAUGAGAACAACACUAAGGUUGAUUUAAAGUUGUUUCUCGAUGAACCUGCGUUUGGCGAUGUCGCUCACCUAACAAGAAUGUGUUUUGACUGUGGUGUAUUUGGAGUAGAAGGUAUGGUAUGCUUGGAAGACCUGUCCCAUGAAGUUUUGUGUAGCGAGGGAAAGACCAUGCCUAAUGGCUCGUUGGCGGUUCAAGAUGGUGCAGAGAUUAUUGAUGAGAAAAACUUAAAGAAUGGAGGCAUUCGUCCUUUGCUACACAACUCUUUGGAAACCGUAUCGGAACGUAUGACUAAUGGUGUUAAUGGUGUUUAUGACGCUGGCCAAUCAACUCAAGCUGGUAAAACCACCGUGAGUGACUUGAAAUCUAUUUCCUCAAAUAGUACAGAUGUUCAAGAAGUAAGCGUCAAGGUUGAAAUUUCAAACAGCGAUACUAAAGAAGCAUUUCAGACUUUGCCUAUGGACAAACACAGUUCUGGUGAGGACAAGUUAAUCGUGUCAACGAAUAAAAGAUGCAACGAGGCAUUACCUAACAGCACAAUGAACGGAGACUUCUCUAAUGGAGAAGGAACUCAUGGCCCUUCUUUCACACAAAAAGAGCAAGGUAUUUUCAGUUCAGCUAAGGACCGUAUGCUCGUUUGCUUGCAGUGUAAGGAGGGAACUGCAUUCUCUCGGAUUCCCCAUGAAAAUGCCGAAAGCCAACGCUCUGAACAGCGAGAAAAUGACACUAUUCGGUCAAACUUCUUAUCUUAUUAUUUCUUUCUGCUGGAUGUGAAGCAGUUACGACGGACGCUGUUUAUGAGCAAGGGCGAUAGACGAACAACAUGGAGAGCUUUUAUAGAUGGCAUGUCUGGUCUGGUAACGACUGAUGACGUGAUUGUUAAGUAUUUGAAGGACGGCGAUCCACGGCGAGCACUUCAUGAAUUGCAUGAUGGGAUGGAGGCUUACUCUAGCAUUCUACUGUAUCAUUUAACUCGCUUGUAUGAAUACGAUCGCCGUGAAACAAUGAUCACGUGCGCGAGAAUGUUUCCGGAUGUGCAACCGUGGGAGGUGAUGGAGAUAUGUCGGCAAAACAGUGGUCUGAGUUUUGAAGCCAGAUCAGAUGAUUUUGUGUUUUAUGUGGAACAACUGAUGAGAUGGCGGGCUGAGGUUGGAAUUACCAAAGAACAAACUGUCAGUAAGAUUUGUGAGGAUGUAGGAGUCGCCGUGUGGUGGUUCCACUGCUCACUUGUUGUAGAUUCUUCAAGAGACGGAAUACAUUGUCAACACUGUGGGAACCCAAGACCGGGAUCGCACAUGAUUCCGUGGCAGAAAGCCGAUCAUCUACAACAACUGAUUGACUUUCUCCUUCAGGAAGAUCCAAAGGAAUGUAACGAUUUCAUGGAUUUGUGUUGGAAACAUGGAUAUUGGGUUGGUCUGACCCGCUUGUGUGUGCGGAAAAAUCUUAGACAAGACGCCUUGAAACUGGUCUUCUCGCUAGGUGACUUGAACCUUAUCAAGGACACUCAGCCAUGGGGAAGUCUCCCGAAAUCACUAGAUGAAUGGAAGUACCUCUUAGAAUUGCUUUUAUCACGUGAUGGAAAUAGCGACAAGUCUCAUGCUUGUCCGCACUCGUGCAUGCCGCUGUCGCUUACUGAUUGGACGCCUAACUUGACGUGGAGUAACGUCAUUAACCUGAUGCUUGAACGGCUUGGUGCUGGACACACUGUUAACUUACUGCAGGCUCUACCACGUGACACACCACUCCUUACUACAGAUUUCUACUACUCGUGUUUAUUGGGAGCCGUGAUUGAAAGAAGGCAAAGGACGUUGAUUCACGAACUGCUCAAAAAGCUGGACUCUUAUCUGUGGUCACAAAGAAGUGGCUCCUUGGCGCCUAAGUUAAACAGUUUCCGUAAAGAAGAAGAAACGUAUGGUCCAAAAAGUAAGGAAGACGUAAAUCCACAACUAGAAUCCAUGGAACAAUUCAGGACACUUGAGGAUGGAGCUUCAAACUGGGGACAAAAUAUUCGCCUGUCAGACGGUGAAUGCUUGGUGUGUUCGCUGAAACUCUGUGAGCAGAUUUCGACCAGUAAUCAAGGACUGCUUUUAUUUGAAUGUGGUCAUAUUUUCCAUAAACACUGUGUCCCAGAGGCGGCCUGCAUACUUUGCUUUCAACAAAACCUUACCACUAUUGGGUAAAAGGACUGUGAACUAGGCAAGGAAUCUGCUACGUGGCCAGGCCAAUUUAUUAUCUUUGUACAAUUCAGUUGUCGCUUUCAAAAUCAUCGUUUCAGUUCGAUUUGAAAUCUUACGGUUGAUUUUAGACCUUAAAUUGUUAAACACAUAAGAAAGAAGGAAAAGAAAGUGGUUCACCCGACAGGAUAAUUAUUAUCAAAAUUUAAACAAUAAUUUUUUGCUGUUUGAAGACGGAGAAUUUCUUUAGAAGAUAGGCGCUGUAGUUUUAUAGUUCUAUAGCAGCGAUAGAACAUUUAUUAAAUUCCGGGGGAAUAAAACUCAUAUAAUGAACGCUUAAAUUACUCGUAAGAAAUGUUCACAAAUUAAUAAAUGACAGUUUUAUUUAUUUUAUACAAAUCACAGACAUAUAUACGUAUAGGCCAGAUGGAAAAUUAUAUUCUAUUUUUGGAGAAAAAAAACCCACCUCCAAUUUGAUAAUUUGAUUUGUUAAUUGCUACAGAGGUCUAUUGGAAUGAAAACUAUUGAGUUGAGAAACUGUUUUUUAACCUUCCACAAACUCCCACGAAGGAAAUAGACAGAAUUUCUUCUUAAAAUAUAAAUAAAAAAAUCAACAGACAAAUGAUGAGAAUAAAGAAAAAUAUCAAUUACGAGGUUAUUUGUUGAUCCAAUAGCAAAUUCGCCAAAAUAAUAUUCUAAGAAUUGUAUGGCAGACAGUAAGGAGAAUUACUUAUGAGAUCUUGGGAGUGAAAGGGUAUGGCAGUUUAGUUUAUACCAAUGCGAUGCAACCUGCGCGAGAAAUUAUUUCAUGUAAUUGCCAACAUGUGCAGAAGAAGUCAGUUUUUUUCAAGAAAUAGUUAUUCAGCAUUGCGUCAGUCUUAACGGUAAGUAAAACUUGAUACUAGUCUGUGCCACACUUGUUACAAACAAACCUUUACAAGCCAUGUUCAGUUUCUCAAGUUUUUCACGCAACAUGUGUUGCAUCCAAAUUGAUAGCAGGUCUAGUUGAUACAAUUUCACAUUGUAACUGUUCUUUCUGUUAUCUUUUGAAACUAGCCGUUGAAAAUAGAUAUUCAAUCAGAAAACAAACUAUAUUUAUUGGCAUACGAUUCUCUGUCCAUGUUUUACAUAGCCGUUAAAAAGUAAUCCUAGUGUCAUAAUCGAUUGCAAAAUCUCCAUGUACUUUAAAAUAAAGAAAUAAAUAUUGACAGAAGUGCUUCUUGGUAAUGAAAAGACAGUUGAUACAGAAAUUAUCUAUUAAAAACAACGUUUUUAUCUCCAUUUUAAAGAGAAUUUUCCUUGACUUAAAAACUCCUCCCUUACCUGACUUUAAUGCAAACCUGCUGAACCUUUUUAGAGUGUGAACUUUGAUAGUUUGUGAACUGUGAUGGGUGGACACUUACCAAAACUUCAGUUUUAUUCGACCAAUUAAAUUACUUUAAACCAUUCUAACUGAUUGGUUUAUUCGAAUGUGCUUCAUGAAGGUGUAGGCUCACGCCACUUCUGUUUAUAUGCUCCGUCAGUUGUAAAGCACGCAGGAAGAGUGUUUCCCCUACACUUCUUUCGUACUCUAAUCACUUCUGGCGCGCUUUACAACAGAACAGAGCACGGUCGAGGCUUCUUUAUUUGUUAAGUAAUAAGUCGCAAUAUGUUGGACGUGGCUCUCUGAGUACUAACCUGUGAAACAGACGUCAUUUCGAGUUUUUAGUUUUUUAGGUGAGUGGAUAAAAGCGCCCGGGGCGUAACCUUUGCAAGUGUUUUCCUUUUGGCACCUUUCCAUUUGACUAGGUCUCGCCCUUUCCUCUGCUCGCUUGAAAAACAAAAAAAAGUGGCGCUGAGUUUGCACACAAUACUCCGCGCCAAAUCUGUGGUGUAGCAGCCGGUUAUUGGCUGCCGUCGUUAAUCCAUAUUCAUCAGAAGUUGUAGAUUUUCAGCAAACCACGCUGUCAGUUGUCGAGUGAAGACGUGCGUUUGGUGUGCGAAACGUAACGUUGCGUUCUGAAAGGAAGAAGACGCUGGACCUGUAAAGAAGAAGAAUGGAAGCAGUUUCAUGUCGCUACAACAGUAGGAAGAGUAAUGUCAGAAGGAUGGAAGAACAAAGAAUUUGGUCGAGAGAAGACACUGGAAUCGCUGAAUUUUUAGUGGAUACUGAAAAGCUAAGAAGUUUUAAAUUGUUUAGUAAUACGAUCAAAAAUGGUGGCCCUUUAGUCUAACUAUUAUAUGGAGACUUCGUUCUUUCAACAAUUUUUUUUGGAAUGGGUAAACUGAUUACAUGGUAAGUGAAUAGUUCUCAAUUAGCCACCAUU